AACCCCCCAGUUGAUGCAGUUUAUACCUGCUUUAUCUGGAAGAUGACCCUGGAAUGGUGUACCUACACCUGGCGUCUCCGAAAGACAUAAAUCCCAGGUCCAAAUCUCGAAGGGAGGAAGUCGUACCACAUCCUAUUCGUUGUCGGUGUCAUGUCGUCCACCAAGAUCGGAAAUGUUGCACCAUUCCCUCCUUUGCCUGGACAGCCUUAUCCUCCCGCUCGCAAUCACCCGCGAUGGAAAGAACUGUAUCGGCUUCAUGAUGAGUGGCUCAUGAAGUACUGGCCCUUCAGUAGCGAGAAGAAACGCGCACGUAUCCCGUUCAUGAACUUGGCGGGCUUCAGCACCUGGUGUGCGCCUGCAUCAGACUUUGACCGGAUGGUCUGGGGUGCUCGCAUUGCGGGCAUUUUCUUCCUUGCCGAUGAUUACAUCGAUAGUGGAAAGAUGCUUGAUCGUAUUCCAGGAUUCAAGAAGGCCGCUACUGGCGAGGGCCCCCUUCACCCUGAAGACAGAGCUGAAAUCUGUCAUGACAUCGUUUUCCGCGCUAUCAAGGAGACGUCUCACCCACGUACCUUCGAUCAGCUGACAAGAUGCACCCACGAGUGGUGGGACUCCAACAUUCAUGAACCUUUCCGUAACCUUGACCAGUACUUGGCUACUCGCCGUGUAAACAUCGCUAUGUAUUUUGCUAAUUCUUAUUUCCGGUAUUGCUUGGACAUCAACUUGACUGAUGAACAAGUCAACCAUCCCCUCAUGCGCGAGGCAGAGGGUAUCAUUUCAGAUCAUGUUGGCCUGACAAAUGAUCUCUUCUCGUAUGCCAAGGAAUUCAUGACCCAGUCGGAUGACACGAAUGUCAUCCGCAUGCUGCAAGACUUCGAGGGUUUGACUUAUGAGCAAGCUAAAGACACCGUGAUUAAGAAGAUUCGUCAGAAAGAACAAGACUUCAUCCCUGCCGGCGUCGCGGUCCUUAAUGAUCCUGAACUCGGUAAAGACCCCGAAGUCCAUCGUUGGAUCGCCUCUCUUCCUUACUGCAUGGGCGGUAACAAUGCGUGGUCUCAAGAGAGUGGUCGCUAUAACAUCGGUGAUGUUCCGGGCGCUCCACCCUUCCCAAGCUUGAGCUUCGAGGUGGAAGAGACGCCUGAGGACGAAGUUGUUGAUGAUACAGAGGAGUCUGCUCUGCGGGACGCCGUAUUCAACGUUGAGGUUAUUCCUGAGCCUGAUUUUACUCUGGACAUCGACGCUAUCGAGGCCAAGGGCGUCAGGACGAAGACUCAAGCGGCCCUUCCGCCGAGUCUCCAACUCAUGCACAUUUCUGAGUCUAGAGCUCAGCAUGUUGGCUUUCAUGCGCUCACCAUGUCGCAUCGGACUUCCGAGGACGAUUCGGGAAUCGUUCUGCUAACCGUAUCUUCCUUGCUUGGCAAAUACGAGAUUGACAGCCAGAAGAUCGGCAAAGUUGAAGUGCUUCUUCAAAACACUGAUAUCACCGUCGACCCUGCUGCUCUUGUUCACUUGCUCAGUCAAUCAGAACUCGAAGUCAACAUUUCGCAGGGCGACUCUGCCUCUCUUCUAUUCAAUGCUAUCAAUCACAUCGAGAGCAACACAUGGGAUGGUCGCAACGUUAUCGCGGUCGCCGCUAGUCACUCUAACGUUGUCGCUAUGCUCGUCGGCCCGAAUGCGCCCAUUGUCAUCGAACCCGUUCGCGGCGUCUUUACUGAUAGCCACCACAACAAGUCCUUCCCUUCCUCCUACUUUGCCGCCCUCCAGAAGUCAUAUCAAUCAUACGUAAAGCGUAUCUCUGCCACUUUCUCCAAGGAGAUUGAUGUCCAGGAAGCCACUCACGCUGCUUCCCAGUUCGACUUCAUGCUCACCGAUCAUCCUGAGCAACUUGCCGAGCUAUUCCGGGUCUCUCCUUGUCUUUCAGCUGAGGACAACCAACUGCCGCUUCAUCCGAGGGACUUCCAGAAGAAAGUGGUCCUUAACGGCUUCGAUAAGGGUUCUAUCUACGAAGGCUUGGUUUGCCUCGUUGAUGCCAUUCCUUCGCAUGAACUCUUCGAGAAGCGUAUUGCGGUCUUCUCAGAGAGCGAGAGCACUACGAACUCGUUCUUCUGUCUCCAUACUGUGAGCGACACCAAGCGCAUGCGCGAUACGCUGAAGGCGAUGGGAUGUGUACGAAAAGCAUCUGGUGGUGACGGCGAGGCCGAGAUGGACGUCGAUGCUCAUGAGUUACUGGCUGUGGGUAGCAUGUGUCAAGUUCUUUAACUUUUUAGAAUUUAUUCCAUCUUAGAGAUAUCUUUUUGCUGUAUUAUAGAUUGAUUUAUCUACUCACACCAUGCCAUACAAAUUCUCGGACAGUCGUACUGUACAUGUAGUCAUUUUGUUCUCCAAUACUAGAGUUGCCUUUUUCUACUGACCUCGAACGCUUGGCACAGCCUAUAAUGGUGCAACAUUAAGAGAAAAUAUAUUCGGCGACUCAUCUCAACCUUCCCAUUUGCAAAGUCCAUCUGAGACCGCAACUACUACUACUAUGCAUCAUGUACCUAUUUGACUCAUCGGCGCAGGACUGCCAAGCUGAAACAAAAGCAUCAGUCACGU